UUCAUUAUUUAUUUAUGCAGAGAAGAACAUUUUUCUUGAAUGAAUGCCUAAACAUGUUUUUGAUUCUUGUGAUGAUGCUUUUACAAUUAGGAUUCCCAGUGACUGCAAGAAGUAUAAGUACCGGGACCCAGCGUGAGAUUAAGAAUGUGAGACUACAUGAGCCGUUUACUUUAAAUUGUACCUACAACUGUUCCAGUGGCUUCACUCGUGGUUACUGGAUAUGGAAAGAAACAUUUGCAUGUAGCAAGUGCCACUGGGAACAAAGAAACUAUAAAUUAGAAGACAUGUGCAUUGUGAGCUUGUACACACAUGAUCUAAUUAUGGAGCAAACCCGUUAUAACUAUUCAUGCUUGUCUGAAGAGAGUGAUCGCCCAGGCCUUCCUUGUAAAACUGAGCUUCUGGUAACAUUGCAAGUUCAGGAUGAAUCUGAUAGACCAGUAACCCCUUCUAAAGGACAAGUUGGUCCAUCUCUGAGAGUGAAGUUGUACAGAGAUCAGACUGAGGCAGAGGAGGUGCUUACACCAUUAUCCACCAUUGAAGUUAUGGCAGGAACCUCACUCAAACUUUAUUGUGUUGCCCCUGACAACAAACACUGUGAGGGACAGUGGGUCAGAGAAAACAGUACCCUCCCAUGGACAAAAAAUUACACCGUGGUACAGUGGAGUGCAAUCAAAGCUGUGGAUGGUGGACGUUAUAGGUGUCAAGUAAAAGGGACUUGCACCAAACAGGCUAUCACUGUGGAAAUACAAGUCAUCACAUCAGAUGAACACACCUGGGCCAAGAUUUUUGCAGCUUUUGCAGUGUCUGCAGUGAUUGUCCUGACAGCACAUCUGGUAUAUUUGUGCUACAGAAGAGGGUGUAAGCUAAUGGAUACAACUAAUGUAACACAUGAAAGGGUUACUUCCAGAUCGGGCGUGCUGAUGAGGCCAGUCGCUCAAGACACCCAGAGCGAUCAUGAAGUCCCUUAUGCUGACAUCGUGAUCUCUGUGAGAGGAUCCAGCAAUCCGGAUCUAUCGGACACCUUUAACCAGACUUCAAAGACCCAAAGACCUAGAUGGAGAGAUGAGGCCAGAGCAGGACUGCAUGCUUCAGCUGACAGACUGCACAUCCACUCUAAAGAGGUCACCAGGAAAUUAAGCACAACGUCUGAAUAUGCUGUAAUUACCUACUCCUGCGAGGCUCUUAGUUAGUUAUUUCAAAUAACUGUGACUUUGGCAAAACAAUAAAAUAAAUAAAUAAAUAAUAAUAAUAAUAAUAAUUGGCAAAAAUGUUAGGAAAAUCAUUAGCUGUCGCCCCAAUUUAUGUUUUCUUCAAUUAAAACCUGUAAAACUUUGUGUGCGUGUGUGAACUCGUGUGUAUGUACCACAUUUUUAUAGAGUCUUGAAUAAUUAGCUGACUUUUUGUUUUAAUUAUAAUUAAAGCUUUUUCUACAUUAUCAACCUCUUUGCCAAUGUUUAUUUAUUUAGUAUUUUUGUCGUUUAUAGUAUGACAUAAACAAAUAGACAUAUUACUCAUACAGAGUAAACAAGUAAACAAACAUUACUUUUUCAUUAUUUUCAUUUGACUUUAUUCAAGUUAUUUUAAAUUGCGUGUUAACUGUGUAAAUGUGUAUGAUUGUUUAUAUUCUAUUGUAAUGAUUUAGCAAUGUAAAGCUUCUUUUGUUAUCUGCCAAUAAAGCUACUUGAAUAACUUUUACCCUCUGGGGUUUCCGUAGUUAGCAAUGUGUAGCAGUUGCUAAGCAACAUUGACAACAUUAAUCUACAUACAGAAACAUUACAUCAGUUCACCUAAUCUGAAAUAUAUUGUGAAUACCGAUUUAACAGAGCAGGAAAACAAAUGUUUGUUUAAUAUCACAAGUGUUAUAAUAUGUCAUUAAUUUCACUGAGAAAUACACAUUCUGUGUUAAAGGCAUACUUUUAAAACUCGCUUUUGGGGGCCUGGGCAGUUCAGUGAGUAAAGAUGCUGGCUACCACCCCUGGAGUCGCGAGUUAGAAUCCAGGGCGUGCUGAGUGACUCCAGCCAGGUCUCCUAAGCAACCAAAUUGGCCUGGUUGCUAGGGAGGGUAGAGUCACAUGGGGCAACCUCCUCGUGGUCGCUAAAAUGUGGUUCUCGCUCUCGGUGGGGCACAUGGUGAGUUGUGCAUGGAUGCCGCGGAGAAUAGCGUGAAGCCUCCACACACGCUAUGUCUCCACAGUAACGUGCUCAACAAGCCACAUGAUAAGAUGCGCGGAUUGACGCUCUCAGACGCGGAGGCAACUGAGAUUCGUCCUCUACCUCCAUCCCGUAGCGAGUCACUACGCCACCACAAGGACCUGGAGUGCAUUGGGAAUUGGGCAUUCCAAAUUGGGGAGAAAAAAAAAUCACUUUUAAAACUUGUUAAUGCUAAAGGGCAUGAGAAUAAAUCAUGUGGAAAACUUUUCUUUUUUUUUCUUUUUCUUUCUUUUUUUUUUUAAUUAAAAAAGUCGUUGCAUUGUAAAUUUGCCAGCCAACAUGUAAACCCAAUACCUUUUAAUGGAUGUCUCUCUUUCGUUACUAUAUGAUCAGAUCUCAGGUGUUAUACUGUAUAAGAUGUCUGUUCCCUUCUCCAUCACAAACCUGUGGAUCCCUAGAGGUUUUGGAAAUUUAUUGGAGGGACUUGCCAGGGAGGUGUUGAAAGGCCAGUCUGAGAAUUUUAAUUUUUGUCU